GUGACCAGUUCUGCAGGACAAGAGGCAGCGGGGCUGAUUCUGGGGUCUCUCCCCUCAGGCCUAGGGCCGGGCCUAACCAGGCCGCCGGGGUGGUUGCUAGGGCCGCGUUGAGCCUAGCAACCGCCCGUGCCGGGUCUGCGCUUGCGCAGUGAGUCGCCCUGCGCCGCGGGGCAGGCCGGGAAUGCUCGGCGCCGCCGGUGGCGGUGGAGGCGCGGUCCUGCCGCGGCCGGUGCCGCUAUGAACGAGGCGGUGGUGCGGCGGACGCAGGAGUCCUUGGGCCAGGUGAUCCGUAAGCCGCCGCUGACGGACAGGCUGUUGAGUAAGCCGCCCUUCCGCUACCUGCACGACGUGAUCACUGAGGUAAUUAGAGUGACAGGUUUUAUGAAAGGACUUUACACAGAUUUUGAAUUGAAAUCAGAGAAUGUUAAGGAUAAAGAUGCCAAAAUCAGCUUCCUUCAGAAGGCAAUUGAUGCUGUUGUAAUGGUAACUGGAGAGCCACUGUCAGUCAAACCAGCACGUGUUGUGGCUGGCCACGAACCUGAAAAAACCAAUGAAUUUCUUCAAGCAAUUGGGAAGUGUUGCUUAAAUAAACUGUCCAGUGAUGUUGCUGUAAGAAGGAUCUUAGCUGGGGAAAGAGCUGAUGCUAAAGGGAAGCCUCCAUCGUCUAAAUCUCGAGAUAAAGAAAGCAGAGAAUCCAAAACAGAAGAACAAAAAAGCCAUAGAGAUAAAGAGGGUAGAGGAGACACUGAAAUUAAAGACAGAAGCUCAAGCAGAGACAGAAAACCCAAAGGAGAUUCGAAAGAGAGUGAAGAAAGAGAAAAGCAAUGUGAUAAACAGAAGGAUAAUGAAGACAGGUACAAAGACCCUGACAGAGACACCUUCAAGGAAGGAGAAAAAAGAGAAAGGGAAAGAAACAAAAGCAGAACAACCAAACAAGGAAAAGAAACAGAAGAAAACAAGAGAAAAGGAGAUGUAGAACGAGAAGACGAUCUUGAGCAUGAUAAAGGACAAGAAAGAGAGAAAAAAAAUGAAGGAGGAAGGGAAAAGGACAGACUGAAAGGAAGAGACAAAGAUAAGGCUAGGGACAGAGAACGAGGGAAAGACAGAGAUAGAGGAAAAGAUUGGGAAAGGGAUAGAGAAAGGGACAGAGAAAAAGAUGGGGAGCAUUUAAGAGAACAUGGAAAGGAUAAAGCAGAGAAAAAGUCUGCAGAUUCUGAGGAAUCCAUGCUUAGAAAAACGCAGAGGUCCACUAAAGACAGCAAGUGCCAGCCAGAUAAUGAGAGUGAAAGUUCUGCAGGAAUAUCAAGACAGCCUUCAACAAAAGGAUCGAGGCAACGUUCCAGACCCGGAGGAGAAGGAACUGUGGAAAUGAAGAGUGUGGCAGACAAAAUUUCAGAGGAGAGUGUUGCUAAACUGCAAGAGAAAACUGAACCAGGACUUGCAGUUAAACAGAAAGAAGGAGAGGCAGAGCACAUGGCUCCUGAAAAGCCUGCAGUAUCUGAAAAUGGUGAAGUACCUAAUGAUCUUCCACCUCGGCCCAUCGAAAGACGCAUUCCCCGUCCUAGCAGUGCAAGACCAGCACCACCCCGAGUGAAACGUCAAGAAAGCACAGAGGCCUUACUUCCAGAAAGGAGUGGUAGUGGUAAAACAGUCUCAAAUGUGAUCGUAGACCAGCAGAUUUCUGAUGAUGAUGAUGACCAGUUUGUGGUGGAGGCAGCACUGCCACUGCCAGAAAUGCCAGAGAUGGAAAUGGAGCCAGAUGUGGAGCUGGUUGAGGAUGAAAAGCAUGGUGGGCUUGUAAAAAGAAUCCUAGAAACAAAGAAAGAUUAUGAAGCAUCACAGAAAUCAUCAAAGAUGUCAGAGAGGGAGUUGAGAAAGUUGGGAAGGCAGAUCAGACCCUUGGCGGACUAUCUUCCUAUGUGAAGUUUGGGACUAUCCGAGAUCCAGGCCUGCUUGGCUGGAAGAAAAUUCCUUUCAUGUAUUGCAAGGGCUGAGGUUAAUGAAGAAAAUUGACCCUCCUUAAAAUAGGAAAACACCUUUAGUUCUCUGCUCAUAAUCCAUUAUGAAUAACUAUUCAUCCAACUUGCUGAAUCACAUACUGUUUAUUAUAAAUGUGCGGCUUGUAGCAUCUGUGUACUGAUCAUUGAAACACUGUUGGCUAUUUCUAACGAAUAUGUCUGAUGUGAAAAUUUGCCUGUUUGAAUAAGUAUGGUCUUUAUGUAACUGUCUGGAGGAAAGAAGGGGGUAAAAGUUGAUAUUACUGUGUUUAUGCAGUAGCUCUAAAGGUGAUUACCGGAGUGCAUGUGGAGCUGGCACUUGUGAGAACAAGAUACAGCUCUUCCUGUUCCUGGUUUUAUAACUAGGUGGUGCUGUUGAAUCAUCAGUCUCAAGACUGGGUUUUGGUAGUAGUUCAUUUAAUAAUGCCUUCUGCUGGUAUAUAAUUGUGGUGUAAGGCUGUACUGUUCGCUCUUGUGUCCUGUCAACUUAAGCACUGGACAUAGAAACGGACAAUAGGGGAGGGUUUACAAAACUGCAUAGAUUUCAUGCUCAGGAAGCUUCCUCUGGUGUUUAUGCUAAAUUUUAUAUGAUGUUUUUUUGAAUAAGCGUAACUAAAAUUAUUCCCUUUUAACCUCUUAGAUUUUUCUAAAUGCACAUGGACAAUUGUGUCCUUCUACAAUAACCAUUUAGUCCUGUUGCCCGUUUUCACUGAAUUUUAAAAACAUUCAUUCAGUCCUUGUUUGUCUUUUGUUGCAUCUUUUGAAGCACUGAUCUGUGUUAGCAGCGCUGAUAAUAGACAACUAAUUCUGGAAAAAAAAGUGCUGACUUCCUAGUCCAUCACGUGAAAACUUGCAUACAACGCUAAGCUCCUGGAAUAUCAUCUGAUCUCAUAUCCAAGCAGCUGGCUGCUACUGCAGUAGGUUUCUUUGCUGCUACUGCUUUUCAAAUCAUGUUGUUGAAGUCAUUGUGAUCCAGAGAGGGGAAGCGUAGUUUUCCUGACAGCAGAGGGGAAAAAUCAAUGGAAAAGAUGAUUAGAAAUGCUAGGAGUUAGUGACUGAGACUUGACAGAUGUAGUUCAGAAAACAUGAGCUGGAGACAUUAAUGAAUCCUGGGAACUUAUUUUAGAGGAUAGAGACACUGUGAUGCAGGGGACAGUAAAAGGAAAAAAAUACAUUUCCAACAUGGUGUUGCCUCUGGGAAUAUUUCAGGGACCAGACAUGCAGAGGGUAGCAGGUGGGGGUCUGGCAUGCUCACGUAGCCCUAGCAUCAUAAGCAUGCCUCAUCUCUGAGGGAUGUUCCUAACACAUCGAGGAAGGCAGUGGUAGGAUUUCUUCUUGCGAGACUGGAGACCAGCACAUUUGGGAGGAAUAGUUACUGGUCUGUGGAAUCUCUUUGGAGAAAGUCAGAAAAAGUAAUUAAAAAGAGGAAGAGUUUGAAGUGGUUUAUUCCUGCCAAGUGGUCUAGGCAGGCAAGGGGAACCACGUCCUGCUAUAUGGACAGGUCUGCAAGAAUAGGUCAAUGAACUUGUGCUGUGUUCAAAUGGCCAUAUGUUUUGUGCCAGGUCUAGCUCUGCAGUCUGCUGGGAAGCAAUAUCAGUCUGGGAUUUGACCAUUUCUCCCCAGACUGUCAGCUCUUUUAUUUAAUUUGUUUUCCAUCAAACUCUCCAGAAGAAAUAUCUUCUACAUCAGUAUGCAACUGUAUUCCAAAAGGUAUUGUGCAUUGGAGAGUAAAAUGUAAUUCUACUUCUGUAUUUUGGAGUAAGGUAACCAAAAGUCCAGUGACAAUUUGAAAGGAUACUUGCUUUGGGAAAUUGUAUCUGAUGAAAUGAAGGUUAUCCUUGUGUCUGUCAGCAAGAAUGUUCAUCUUCCCUUGUUUUGCUAAACUAUUCAAUCCAUACAAAAUAAAUGAGAUAGUUUCCCAGUUAUAUUCAUUAGUCUUUAAAGCCUUGUUCUUCUGCCAGUUGGGAAAAUGAAGGGAGAAAAAAAAUACGUUUGUAGUCUGAGUGCUGGAACUUUUGGCAAAUACUUUAUUAAGUCAAAUAUUCAGAAAAAAAUGAUCAGUGGAUUUACCUGAUUUAUUGUGGAUUAAUCAACUAGAAAUUAGGUGAGGUUGGUGAAUUAAUACUUAAUCCAAAUGUAACACCGGUGAACUCUUGGGGAUGUUUCACACCUUUACUUCUAACUGCUGAUUGCUGAGGAGCAUUUAUUUGUGUUAAAAGCAUUCCUCUGAAACCUUCUGUGCACUGCGGUUCCUAAACAUGCAUUUGCUUUUUAAGAUGUUUUAAUAAAGAAAAAGAAGAGAAAAGGAGAGAAGACUGGGACUUUCAUCAUCUAGGUUUUGCAUGUGCAGAAACCUGAAAUAAUAUACACAAUUUUCAGGUCAAACAAAGAGGUCAUUCUGGAAAUACACAAGAUUUUUGCUGCCUUGAUUAGCUGUGUUCAGCCUAACAAAUUCCUAAAAAGACUUCCUAAAUGUAUUUGUUUAGAAUCUAACCCUCUAAUGUUAAACAGAGAAAGAGACAGAUGUUACAUUUUGUAUUCCACUUCAUUUAUCUGAUGUGUGGAAAAUGUAGGCAGGUUAUUAAAUAGUGUAAGCAAGUGGGAUCACUUGCUUAAAGAAAGAAUUCCUAUCUUUGCACUACCAAAUACAGUUCACAGGCUUCAGAAAAGAAACAGCUUUGAGGUUUGUGCUAGGAACAAGUGAUAUUAAAUAGCUUAGCACCUGGAUAAUAUUAACUUUAAUUACAAAUGUGAUAAAUCAAGUAUGUAAUUCUAAGCUUAGAACAUCAUUGCUGAUUCUGUUUGUUUAAAGUUCUUCAGGUCAUUGUUUUUUACAUUAAUCCAUCAGCUGCACGACAUUGGGUGUCCCCUCCAGUCAUUGCAAUUGGCAACAUGUCAUGUUAAACAGAUGUAUUCAUACGUCCCACCAUUUAAGCAUUUUGAAGAGGCUCACUGUUCAAGACCACAGCUUCUCAGCACCCUGUGGCUUAAUAUGUCAUCAGAAAUGCCGACAGUAAAAUUUAAUAGGAGUUACCUGCAGAAGGGCUCUCAUUUAUGUGUGACAGCUCUGUUCAUGAUGAUGUGACAUUAAUGCCGUGAUCUGAAUAAAGCUGCAGUGAGAAAUUUUUGGUGCAAGCAUCCAAUUCCUCAAAAAUAAGAACUGUACCCGGCAGUCUGCUAAUGGACAAGCACCACAAGGGUUUAAAUUGAAUGAGUAUAUGCUUGAGUGUCCUGUGUUACACUACUAUCAACUCUCAGGAAAAAAAAAAGACCAAAACCCUGUGGUCCCCAAGUAAUUGUGUUACCUAUGAUCACAGCAACAGGAUUUUUGUCACUCUUGGGAUAUUCCUGGUAUUGUGGCUCCUUUGCUGCGGCCUUUGCACACAAAAACACAAAAUCUUCUCUCCUGUGGGUACAGUAUAACUAUAACCCGAGACAGCAGAUGGAUACGUUAAACAGAAAGGAUAUAUAAAAUUGCAGCGAGACAGCUGUGAUUUCCAUCCCUGGAGGAGAAUGCAGUGCAUCAGCUGUGUAGCAGCAGUGUGGUGUAAGACACAGUCCAGGUGACUUUCACAUAUUUCAAGAAGCUUAUCAAUGUCUAGGAUAUUUUUCUGGGGCACAGACUGGUGUGAAAGCAGUUGGUUAACACAAGGAACAUGUUUAUUGCAAAUUCUUUUUGAGCAGGGAAGGGGCUGCUGUUUCAAGAGGAGGAGGUCGUGGACCUAGAGUUUCAGCAGUGUGAGCAGAAAAGGAAAGCUGGGCAGGACUGGCACUCAGUAUGCCAUUAUGGCUGAAUUAAUACUAUCUGCUGUCGUUAAUUACCUCUAGAGUUGUCUCUUGGCACAUGUGUGGUCAGACUCACAGGAUUCUGCUUAGCGUACUGAAUACCGCACCAAAUAUGUGAGGCUUUAUGAACUGACUUCUCCCCAAGACAGACUGAAUGUGAAGUAAGGCAUACUGGCUCUGGGGGCUGAGGUGUGGGGCGUUUAUGUACGUCUGAAAAGUCCAGCUCUUUUUAGAGGUAUCAGAUGUGAACUGGUGGGUGGGAAAAACCACCACUCCCUCAAAAAAAGAAGAAGAAAAAAAAAAAGGAAAAAAAAGCACCCUGUUUAAAGAGCUAUCCUUUUACCUUUUAUUUUCUUUUGGUGCCUUCCAACUCAGAAGCAGGUCAGACUAACUCUGGUAAACCUAAUGGUAAAGAACAUUUUGUCUCCGAUUCUGUGGCCUGUUACUGAACUCAGUACCUGGCAUAAGCAGAAAAAGCAUCCUGUUCAUUUGAAAUGAUUUAACAUUUACUGUUUUCCCUGUGUUUCUGUGAAAGAGUUUCUUAUGGUGAUCCCUAGUGGAUAGUUACAAUCUACUUAAAAUGCAGACUCUGUAAAAACCAGGAAAAGAAAGCACCCUUUAUGAUCAAAAAAUAUUUUGUGCAAUAAAAAAACCCACCUUGUUGUUUUUGCAUUGAAUGUAUCAAAAUUACUUGUCCAAAAUGAAGUUUCUGUCCUGUCCUAUAGUAAGAGGUAGAGGGGAAAUGGUAUAGCUCAAUAAAACUAUGAUUACUUGGGUCUGUUUUCAUAAUGGGACAUAAUACAAUAGUUAAAAGGGGCUGUAGAAACUAUUAAGUGCUUGAUGGAUGUUCAUUCUAAUUUGAUUCAUAUUUUAAAAUUAUUAAUUUAAAAAAUGGAAACAAAGGAGAAGCUAUGUAAGAUACCAAAUACUAUUUCUAGAAAUAAACUUUUCAAACAGCGGUGGGGUUGUGUGUGGUGGAAUCUCAUCACCUCUUUAGCUUAGUACAUGUCAGGCACUUCAAAUGCCCUCCGCAGCCCCAGCUAUCAGAAAUGGAUGUCUUGUGAAUGAUCCAUUUCAUGGAGCUGUGCACGCUGCAAUAUUGAUGCUAAUUGCUUUAGCGAGGGUAGAUUAAACCCAAGUAAAUUCUGGUGGGUUCUGGAGCCCUGUUGAUAAUUUCCCCUUCACGGAAGAAAAAGAAAAUUCCUGUUUUUUAAUUUCUCAGGUCCCUGCAUCCAAGUCCACGUUGUGUUCUGUUCAUGUUGAGGUAAUGGGAAAGGCAGACUUUUUCCCAGGAAUCCAAAAUAAACAUUUAUCUUGGUGCCUCGUGAAAAACAUGAAGGAAAGGAAGCGUGUUGGGCCUACAGAAGUGAUAUAGGCUUUUAUAUGGGGAUAAUUUAUUGAUUCUUGGGUUUUUGUGAAAGGAGAGUUCACUGAGGUGUAUGGCCUAAUUAAAUAGACUGGAACAAUCUGAUUCUGGCAUUUUUUUCUUAAAACUGAAUAUAUCCUGUUACAUGUUUGUGCAACAUGAGCAAAGGUGGCAUUCAGAACUCUUACCACCCAUGUUGCCUGUUGUAAUAAACCAUCUGCCAUAAUUCUUAGUGAUUUCAAAAAAAAUGUCCCACCUAGAUUUUAACCCGUAACUGUAAGUAUGAAACUGAGAAUAGACAGUAUGGCUUUUCCCCUGCUCCUUAAUUACUUGUAAUCAGCAAUAGCUGGCAAAGCUUCAGUGCUUCAUGGUGAUAAUUCUCUGUCCAGAGCUCAGCUUUCUGCAGACCGCAAGAAAUAUAACAGGGUGUCUUGGUAGUACAAGUGUUAGUGACAUGAAAUAAAGGAUUGAUGGUUAUUUUUUAACUCGUGAGGAGGGACAACAGCAUGCCAGCUGAGCUACUGCACCUUCAGGCGUCCGGAAAUUUUUCUUGGGAGCUUGAAAUUUGAGUGCUUCUCUUUUUUUAAAAGAGAGAUAUAUUAAAAAACUCUUGCGUGUUCUUACACCACUUAGAUAUAUAGUAUGUGUUUCAAAGACAUGUUGGUUUUUUAUUAACAAGCCUGUUGAUGUACCUAUUUAAGUCUGAAUAGUUUUUAAUAGAUUUUUAAUGGUCGUAUGUUUCAGUAUUUGAAAUUACUUUGGAUGGGACAAUAUUUUGGUUUUUUUAUGUCAGUUUUGAGGAACUGAACUCCACAAAGAGUACGCUGGAGUUACAGGGACACUAAAAUUUUUUUGAAUAUAUACUAAUACACUUACAAGGCAUCUUCCUGAUACAUAGAAAAUAUUCCACAGUGGUUUGUUUCCACUUGAGCUUUUCAAGCAGCUGUGUAUUUUAGCAUGGAAUAUUUAAAAUUCUUAGCUGGAUCUAUGUUUUAAAGUGUACAAUUCUGGUUUGCUUGUUUAUCAGUUGUGGGAUUUUUCACUUCUUCAGUUUUUGUUUUCAUACCAUACUUGCUGGUGUUGAGAAGUGUGGCUGCUUGGACUGUCUAGGUAUCAGGGAGGCCGUGCCAGCAUUACAAGAACAUAAAACAUGGAACUUAGCAUUUGGAAAAUAAAAAUGAAGCAUUCUUCAGGUUUUCACACACCCAACUAUAUCCUCAGAUAACGGACUGGCUGAGUCUUCUCGUUUCUGAGAGUUGAAUUUGAAAAAUUCCUUACCCUCAUGGCUGUGGCUUCUUAUAAUGGAUGGCAGGAAAGAAAGUGGUAUGGGUUUGGUGCACUUAGGAGGAGAUGGAAAAUGGGACUUCUUCCUGGGAAGCUGUUGGAUCUGAUACAACUCUGCUUUGCUGCUGAACUGAAGGUGAUUGUCUUUACAGGUAACUUCCCGAUUACAUGUGGAAAGUGUGGUGCCUUCCCUGUGGCUUUGGAGGAGCACAACAUGUAGCAAGGACUAGGAAAACAGAGUUCGAAUAGAGAGCAAAGGGGUUUGAAACACUGUGAGAGUGCAGAUCUGUUCAUACGUCUUCACUAGCUGCAGCAAGGUGGUUGGGCAAAAGAAUAUUUCCAGGAGAGAAACUCUUGUCAAUCUGAGAUGUGUGCUGAGCCCUAGUAAAUGGUUGGAGUGCAGGACCCAGUCCUGUGAUCCGUGCCUUCAGGGCACAGAGGACGGCUCUUGUCUUCUCUGGGGAGCUGCAAGAUCAACAGGGAGAGAAGCUGGAUGACACUGAUGGGAAGGAACACCGUUGGCCAUUGUGCUCAGAGGUUGGGCAAGGAGGAGACCCAGGGGACAAGAUCUGCUCAACCCUAAGCAGCUAUGCUCAGAACUGGGGGUGCUCGCCAGCUCUCGGGGGAUAAAAUGGGUCAAGAAGCAGCGCUUUCAUCUUUGCGUUGCAAAGGAUAGCAAACACAUGGAUGGCUCCAGUAAGUAUCUAAAUAACGGGUUUUAUGUAAUGUAGUAUAAUGAAACACCUGCUUCUGUGAGAGAGGUAUGGGUUGAAUGAGAAGGAAUUAAGAUGAGUGUUAUUUUUAACAGUUUAGCCAGCACUCAUGAAUUGACUUAGGUAGCGAAGGUCACAAGUUCAGCAGCAUUUGUCGUUUCAGCCCAGUUCCUAAUUAAACAAGUUUAACAUUAUAAGAUCGCAGUAAACUCAGAAGCCCCACAGUUUUCAUGUGCUAUGUGUGUGGUAAAACACAAGCAUUAGACGCAAGUAAAUCUCAGCCUUCAAAUCUUUAGAAGUAUUUUUCUAAAAUACAUAUAUAUGUAUCUCUAUAUAUAUCUGAGUUCAUCAGUAAGCCAAGGGCUGCUGAAAUGUGUUUGGCAGUAGUCCCUGCUGCCUCCAAACGCAGCUGAACAAACAGCCCGCAGCUCGCACAGGAAGUCGGGCCAAUUGGGUAGGAGGGCAGGAGGGGACAGCGUGGUAGAUUUGGUGUCCCAGCACGAGAGAGAAGCACACUGCCACCUCUGUGUUUAUAUAGCCGCUAGGAACUGUGCUUAGCAAUUGGUUGAUCCUGCGGUUGGGUGGUAGAGAAAGACCUUUCUAGUUUUCUGGCAUACAUUAAAUGACCAAAAUGAUUUUAAAUAAACUUUACUUAAAGCUUUGUGUGUCUUAAAGAAAAACUCAGUUUGGGAAUUUGACCGGGAGGGCUGGAGGGCUCUUGGAAAGAAAGAAAAAUCAGGUUGUUUUUCUUGAUGGGGGAGAAGAAAUGCACCAGACUUUUUUUUAAUGGUGAUUGUUGUUUUCAGGGAGGGCUUUCCUGGAAUAAGGUUAUUACAGUGUGUUAGUAAUGUGGCAUCACUUUGCUUUUUUUAUGGCAUCCUUUUGCUCUUCGUGACUUAGCUGCUUUAGCAAAUGCUUUCUCUAUUUAACUUGCAGUAAGCUGGGAGGCUUCAGGAGAUUGACCACAGAGACUCUGCUGGCUGCACAUGAGGGAAGUGUGCACAAGACCAAAUUAUUUUUGAGUAGUGGAGUUUAUUUAGGCCACAUCUGCAGCCUGUAUGAUUUUACAAUCACUGUUACCAGAAGUACAAGGCAUGGAAUAACUGCCGUCUGUUUUAGCUGUGCAGUGUGAAGUGCUAUUAUUAGGAGCAGCGUUAGGAGCUGGAAAUCCAGAUACUGACAGUGGAGGCAGAGUAGCAUCUUGGAGGGACCAAUUUAGAGAACUAGAAGGAGGCUUUGCCCUUCAGUGUCUGCUGUAGCUCCCAAGUAGCAGCAAAACAACUGUGGCAAGCAGGUCCAAGGAAUGUUUAUGGUGUGGUAGCAUAAAUGGCAUUUACCAUUGAGUAAAUGCUAAUCCACCGAGUCCUGGUGCAGGGCUCUGGAGUGAUGCUGUGACAGUCCAGCCUUGCCCCACAGAGGGGGGAUGGAUGGAUGUGCGAUUUACACAGUGAAUCUGUUGGCAGGCAGUGGCAGCAGCAUAUUGAUAACAACAGUGUUGUUGAGUAUUACGUGUCUGUUGGCAGCUUCUAUUCAACAAUGCCAUGUUAAGCCACAGAAAUUUCCCUUUUAAUAUAUAGAAAUAGGGUGAAGUGAGACUGAAUGGGAAGGAGGUUCCCCCUCUCUACACCCACGGCUUUAAGAAAGAUCAUGAUGGGAAUGAGAACAUCAGUGACAUCACUUAUGGGAUCAAACACUAAUUUUACUUUUGUGCACUUGUGAUCUGAAAAGCAAUAUUGCUGAUGCUAUUGCACAGUUUUGUAGUAGCGGUGACUUGUAUGUGGCAUGCUUUCUGCUCAUCUGUUUCUAGGCUAUUGCUUUGUUUCUUCUCUUUCAUCGCAGACUGUCAUAAACAUUUCCCCAGGUACUUCACAGUUAGCAGUCUCUAAAACCUUCUUCAUUCAAUACCUCAUGUGCAACAACUGUUUUCCCUGGUUUUGAUGCUUUCCUUCUUACUCAUCU